AUGAUGAGCAUGAUGGCCGAUUUGAGCUGCGGAGCUUCCGGUGUGACCGCGAAUGAUCAUCAGCUGGCCGCUCCGGCUCCGGAGGACUCGGCGGUGGCGGGGAGCGAGAAGAUGGGGAGGGGCCGGAUCGAGAUCAAGCGCAUCGAGAACACCACCAACCGGCAGGUCACCUUCUGCAAGCGCCGCAACGGCCUCCUGAAGAAGGCGUACGAGCUCUCGGUGCUCUGCGACGCCGAGGUGGCCCUCAUCGUCUUCUCCAGCCGCGGCCGCCUCUACGAGUACUCCAACAACAGUGUGAAAGCCACCAUUGAGAGGUACAAAAAGGCCAACAGUGACACAUCCAACUCUGGCACGGUUGCAGAAGUCAAUGCCCAGUACUACCAGCAGGAGUCCUCCAAGCUGCGCCAGCAGAUCAGUAGCUUGCAAAACUCAAACAGUAGGUCACUGGUGAGGGAUUCUGUCAGCACCAUGACCCUGAGGGAUCUUAAGCAGCUAGAAGGGAGGCUGGAGAAAGGCAUAGCCAAGAUAAGAGCUAGAAAGAAUGAGCUGAUGUAUGCUGAAGUUGAGUAUAUGCAGAAGAGGGAAAUGGAGCUACAUAACGAUAACAUUUACCUGAGGAGCAAGGUGUCUGAGAAUGAGAGGGGUCAGCAGCCGAUGAACAUGAUGGCGUCGGGAUCGACGAGCAGCGAAUACGAUCACAUGGUCCCGCCGUAUGAUUCCAGAAACUUCCUGCAGGCGAACAUCCUGCAGCAGCAGCAGCAGCAGCAGCAGCAUUACUCCCAACAGCUGCAGCCAACUGCCCUUCAGCUCGGCCAGCAGUACUUCAACUAG